UUUUCUUCUUCACUCACACGGCUCCUUCUAACGCCAUAUUGGCUGUUAUGACUUGACUUGUUGUUUUCAUCAGUCUUACUACGGACCUGACAGGAGUGGCUCCCCCCGGUCGCCCCUGCGCCUUAUUGGAAGAAGCUUCUUUUUUGUUUUUAUUCCAUUCUUUUCUCUCUUGGUGGUGUUUUUUUCUUUUUUUUUCUUCUUCUUCCUUUUUUUUGUGGUUGCGCGUACGCGUUUUGGAUGAUACGCGCGGAGUAUGCACGCACCAUCCCCGUGACUUUGCGUUUUUUUAAAGGAAUACUACUUGGACGUAGCAGUUUGAGAGGCUCUGGCUGUUGUUUUGUGUGAGUGUGAGUGUGUGUGUGUGUGUUUCGCACCCCCUUCCUCCUUCCUCCGUGUCAUAUGUGCAUCAAAAUGUCAGAUGUUCGCCUUUCUAAUGCGAGCCCCACAUUGGAGAGGGUGGACGCGCGGCAGCCGGAGGACACCCUCAGACCCCCGGUGCGCAGGAACCUCUUCGGCAGACCCGACCCGGGGGAGAUACGGAGGAAUGUGGCGGCCGCCGUGCGGGACGACGUGCAGGCGUUCCGGGAGCGGUACAACUUCGACCCGGUGGAACACAGACCGCUGGCGCCGCGCAACUACGAGUGGCAGGAGGACAGCAGCCCGCCGGAGUUCUACCUCCGAGCGGCCCACGGGAGCCGGCGGCCCGACGCCGCGGAGAGGAGCGAGCGGCGGCCCGACGCCCAGCCGGCCCCGGGCCGGCCGGAGAAACGGCGCUCGGGAGCUUCAGGUCGCUGCUCCGACGAGUGUCAGAACAAGAGGUUGCAUACCGACGAAGAUGAUGAUAAAGAAGAAAAAUAUGAUGAUGAUGAAGAUGAUGAUGAAGACCAGCCGGGCGGCGCGGGGAGUCGGGCGCCGAAAGCCGCGGACGAGGAGAGGAGGAGACCCAGAGGGCCCGGGGACGGUGCAGAGGUCCAGUGAAAAAAAAAACAACAAAAAAAACAACCCACCAUGGCAGAGCGAGGAGACCUGUUGCUGGGUUGUUGUUUUUUUUUCCCCCUCCUCAUCAUCUGACAGACGGAGGAGGAGAAGAAAAUAAAAUACAAAGGCGAAAAGAAGAAAAAAUAAAAACAAAAAGAACCCAGCCUUUUUCCUAAAGAAGGGGACGAGGAGAGGCUGCACAAGCACUGAAUAUGUACACUAUCAAGUUUUGGCACUCAUUUUUUUUUUUGUAUUAUUCAAUUGCCUCAGAAGCAGCAGACAAUGUAGCAGUGUGCAAAUGGAUUUUUGCUCAUCUUUUUUUUCUUUCCUCAAUCUACUACCUAUGUUUCAAAUGUAGCACAUACAAAAAAAGCAUAAUAUGCUUUUCAUACCUUUUUUUGUUAAAUGUAUUUGAAUGCGUGUGUGUGUGUGUGCGUGCGUGCGUGCGUGUGUGUGCGUGCGUGUGCGUGUGUGUGAGAAUUUGACUCGGGAAGUUGCAGUGCAAUUUUUCCAGCAGAGAAAUAUUAUUUUGUUUAAAAAAAAAAAGAAAGAAAAAUAUUGUAUCAUUAUUCAGGUAAUUGAUGUAAGUUACAAAUGCAGAUUUUCAUAAAAGUCAGGGUUAUGUGGAAAACAAAAAUGUAUUUUUCUAUGGCUUCAUUUGUCCCAGUGUUAUACAGCCUAUCUUGUUUCUGAAGGCCCAGAUGGCCACAAUGUAUGUUGAGGGUCCAUCGAACUAAGUAUAGCCAUGAUAGAUAAAGUUUACAUGCCAAUAAUAUCUUCUUUAUUUCCCCUUUUAUUAUGUCAUUAUUUUCUUCUCUUUUUUUCCCCCUGGGUUUUUUUCCAAAGUUCGUACCCUUUUUUUUUUUUGGAGGUGGUGAGGGGCGGGGUGGGCAGGUGGCUAUACUGCUGAGCAAUAUCCAACCAAAUUUUAACAGUAUUUGCUAAUAAUCCUAAGAAUUAGCUUAUAACGUUUAGAUUUAGGUGAGUUCAUAUUCUAGUGGCUUUUUAGGUCACACAUCCCCACCCCCUUGUAAUAAAUUCUGUAGUCCAGGUCAACAUAGAUUAAAUAUGUUUAAAAUAAAAUCACUGGGCUACUCGUUAUGCAAAUAUGUGAAUCAAAGAUUUGUGUAUGUGGUGUGGAAUUCAUGUGGAACAUGUAAUUGCACUAUUGUUACUUUCUCAUUUUUUUUCGUGAAGGCAGAAAAACAUAGUUGCACUGCCUUAUUUGGUGUCAAACUUUGAAGUGUACCUGUUGUGCCUUUUUUCUUUUUUGAAAAACACUGAAAAAUUGUACUAACUUAUUUAUGUUGAGCUUUUUUUUGUGGGUAUGUGUAUAGCUUCCCAAAGCAACAUUUUACGUGCAUUUUUGUAAAUAUAUAUUUUCAUUAUUAUUUUUAAGAUAAAUAAACUGUUGCAAAACUGAGCCUAAUAAUGGA